AUGGCUUCCAAAAAUCAGGCAAUCCACAACAGGUCUGAAACAUAUCUCAAUGCAAUGAAAGAUGUCAGUGAAAAUGGGUUAUCUGUAAGAGAAGCAGCGAAUAAGUGGGGUGUUCCAAAAUCAACACUUCAUGAUCGAGUCAGUGGCAAGAUUGAAUAUGAUCGAAGAUCAGGACAACCACCCAUCUUGACCAAAGCAGAGGAGACCCAUAUAGCAGAAUGGCUGAUAGAGAUGGCAGAACGAGGUUUCGGGCUGACAAAGGAUGAAUUUUUGGACAUUGCUAGAAGAACGCCAUUCACUAAUAACAGACCUGGUAACCGGUGGUACCGGAGCUUCAUGACUAGGAAUGAAAACAUUCGUUUGAGGAAUGCACGUCCACUUGAAAAGAAACGUGCCAAGAUCUCAGCUGCUGAUGUGGAUCAAUGGUUUACCUGCUAUGAAAAGUUUGUUAAUGAAAAUGGCCUGGCCAACCGCCCUGCUCAAAUAUGGAAUUGUGACGAGAGUGGUUUUGAUCUUCAGGGAAGAGUUGGAAAGGUUAUUGGUCCAGCAUCUACAAAGGAAAAACCAUAUAAAGUUAUAACUGGCACAAAGGAACAUAUCUCUUUGCUACCUUGUUUCAAUGCAUGUGGGCAAUGGAUGCCACCCUACAUACUGCUACCUGGAAAAAGGAUCCCGAAUACAUACAACCCUUUGGAAGGAGGUGUUCCAGGAAGUGCUUUUUCUGUCACAGAGAAAGGCUACAUGGAUACACCUGCAUUCUACAUGUGGCUUGCCAACCAUUUCAUUCCCCAACUACCACCUGUCAGACCAGUUGUUCUACUUGUUGACAGCCAUGAUUCACACAUUGAUCUUGCCACCUUCGAAAUGGCUAAGAAAAAUGGCAUUGAGAUAUUUGCCCUCCUCAAGAAUGCGACUCACCUGGUGCAACCUGCAGACGUCGGCCUCUUUGGAGCCAUGAAACAGUCAUGGUAUAAGCAAGUCAGGAUUUACAGCCAGCAAAACCCCAACACCGACAUCACGAAGAAGAACUUCUGCUCAGUGUUCAAGACCACAUGGGAAGAUGUUAUGCGACCAGGAAUACUCAUUGAUGCUUUUCGGAAAUCUGGCAUAUACCCUCUUAACAGAGCCCAGAUUACAGAUGAUCAAGUAAAACCGUCCCUUGUUUAUGCAAACUCUACAACAGCAACAGCCUCUUCACAAGUCACAUCCUCUUUGUUGGAACAACCUUGUUCUUCUCAAUCAGCACCGUGUUCAGUGUCAGCACACAUUUCAACUGCAGAAUCCUCAGGAACAUUUCCUCCCUCCUCCCCUGUACCUGGUGUCACUACUGUAACAAAUUCUACCCAAACUGCAUUUAGUGUACUGGAUAACACGCUUGAAAUUCCGGUACGUGACAAAUAUAGACAGAGGAUGGAAGAGGGCUAUGACCUACCAGGAAGUCCAGUGUUUAGUGCUCGGAAGAAACUAUACCUUCUACAAUCAAAUGAUAAUUUUCCACAUAUCAUCACUUCACCGUUGUCACCAGAAGAAACAUCAACCACACCCUUGACAGCACCACUAAGUAUCAACAUCCCCUCAAGUCAGCUGUUGUCAUCAGAACGUGUUUCACCUGUCCUCAGUGAGAUAUUGGUGUACCCAUCAGCAAGUGAUAACUCGAACAAGCCUAAAAAUAAUAAAGUGAAACUCCCUAAUUUUAUGACAAGUGAAAGCUCAAUGAAAAUCUUACAAGAUCAGAAAUUAAAAAAGGCCAGGGAACUUGCUGAGAAACAGAAGCGAUUGCGAGAAAGAGAAGAAAAGAGAGAAGCAAAAUAG